AUGAACAUCCUGCGAAGUCAAGCUUUCUCGGUUCUUCGCAGACCACUUUGCCGUCGUCUUGCUACUACACGCCCUUUUGUUCCUCCUGUUCAGGCUCAGCUCGUAUUCCACGACACAUUGUUUGCUCCAGGCGCCAAAGAACUCGAUGACAAUACUGUAGAUGCUUUGGAAGCCGAGACGAACGAACGUGAAUUCGAAGACGAUGACUUCGAUGCCAAUAACUUCCAGGACAAGGCACAUCCAGAUUCCCCAAACUUCUACACUGGCCGUUCUUCAUAUUAUGACAACAUUGUCGAACUACAAAAUGCCAUUUCCCGUACUCGGGGUACACUACAACGACUCCACCUCCUUCCACUUCCCGAGUUUGCUUGGAAGUGCCUAAAACCAAUGCCUACUGUCUGGAAGACUCCAGAGGAAAUGACUACCGACUUUGAGACCGCCAUGACUAUUUCACGGUAUCGGAAAGUCACGGCGCUUCUUAACGAGCUCAACGAAUACCUUCGAAUAGCGACCACCGCUGGCUAUGCGGAUGUUGCGGACAGAAUUGGCUCCAUCAUCAGCAUAUUCGAGAGUGGAAAGAAGGAGGCAUUUUUGGCCCGAGGGGUUCGAAAACCCGUACAAUUGGACCAGUAUGGACGCUCGUAUACUUUUGGAAAGAGGAAAACGAGCGCGGCGCGGGUAUGGAUGAUUCCGGUCAAACCCCUCUCUCACGAGUCAGGUUCCGACGUGAAUGUGGAAGAAGCUUUUGGUUUGAGCGAUAAACCCAGACGUCCCCCGGUAAAUGUCACAGUUUCUACAAUCUUGAUCAACAAUCUUCCUAUUGCAGAAUACUUCCCUCAACCCGUCGACAGAGAGCGUAUCGUUCGUCCUCUCAAGAUCGCGGGAGUAUUGGGUAAAUAUAAUGUCUUUACUAUCGUACGUGGAGGUGGUACAACCGGCCAAUCUGGUGCCGUAGCCCAUGGCAUUGCAAAAGGAAUAUUCGCGCAUGAGCCUGAGACGGGCGCUAUCCUGAAAAGAGCUAAACUGCUCAGACGUGACCCUCGCAUGGUGGAACGAAAGAAGACAGGUCUUGCAAAGGCUCGCAAAAGAUACACUUGGGUCAAGCGUUGA